CCGCCUCGACGCCGCAGGAGCGCCUCCUUCUGAUCGCUAAUCGCAGGUGAGCGCAGGAGAGGGCGUGAGGGUGCCGCUGUGGGCUGCUGUGGGUGGCUGUGGCGUGUGGAGGGUGUGGCGUGGUCGAGGGGGGAGCCGUGUCUCUUCUGGCGUGGUGUCGGUUGUUGUGCGUUACUUGCCGUUUGGUGACGGUUGAGAGAGUCUCGGUUGGUUGACGCUGCUGAGCUCGGUUGUGUGUGUGCCUGGAUGUGAUGUGUGUGCUGGGGAAUGGGAGGCUCACCUGUGUUGUGUUGGUUUGGUGUCCUGUUAGGUGUGUGUUUCCUGUCUGUCAAGUUUCUUUGUUGGUUGCCGUUGGUUAUCGUAGCUGCUUCGAGUUGAUUGAUUGAAGGAGAGUUGUUGUUGAGUUGAGAGGAGAUGAGUACCGGUCAGUCAGCUGACAGGCGCACACACCACAUAUAUAUCGCCUGUCUGUCUGUCUGGAUGUGGCCGUGUGUGUGUGUGUGCAGGUGAAGACCAGACGCCCGACAGUGACCACCAUCACCUCCCUCUCCACCCCCACCACCACCAUGAUGGUCUGCCGUUCCUGCCCAGCCAGCUCUCUAUGAUGCCUGACGGAUACACCGGUAAGUAAAACACCACACCACGAUCACAAUCACAAUCACACACAUCCGUUGUGCAUCUUCUGUGUUGAUGUGCGCCAUGCACGCACCCACACACGCAGAUCUGCCCCCGAUUGCCGCGCCAUCGCCGUCGCUCAGGUACUAGCGGGCACCGGACACGCACAGAAUGCCUGUGACCACACAGAUUGUGCAUGUGGAUGGCGUCCAUCUCGUAUAGGGACUUCACUCGUGGUGCGUGGACGGCCGAGGAGGAUGCGACGCUGGCCGGACUCGUCCAGACCCUCGGGGCGCGCAAGUGGAGCGAGAUCGCCAAACGAAUGCCCGGUGCGGACAAGGGAGCGUUUCUGCCUUUCAAUGCAUUGCUCCCAUCCCUGGAUCUCUCUCUCUCUCUCUGUGUGUGUGUGUGUGGUCAGGUCGUAUAGGCAAGCAGUGCCGUGAGCGUUGGCACAACCACCUCAACCCCAAUGUCAAGAAGGAGCAGGUGCGCCAGGCAGCCAGCGAGAAGAAGCACAUCCAGCCAGCCAUCCAAUCAUCCAUCCUUUUCGUGUUCUGAUGUCCGACUGGUUGCGUGUGUGUGUGUGGUGUGUAUUGUAUUGUAUUGUAUUGUGUGGUCAGUGGUCGGAGGAAGAGGACGUCCACCUGAUGGAGCUGCACGCCAGGCUCGGCAACAAAUGGUACGGACGCCACACACACACACACACACAGACACGUGUGUGCGAUGGAUCUAUGUGUGUGUGUGUGUGUGUGUAUGCCUCGGUCGGGGAUCCAUCCACCAGGGCGGAGAUAUCGCGUCACUUCGACGGGCGCACCGACAACAAUGUCAAGAACAGAUGGAACAGCACACUCAAGUAACCCCACACACACACCAGCACCCACACAAACACGCCCACGAUUCUUUCUUGGCUCAUCAUCCACGCGUCCGUCGAUGCGAUGCAGGCGUAAGGUGGCGUCGCUCUUCAACGAUCCCGACAACCCCAAGCACUCCAGGGUCCGUCCAUCCAGCCAGCCAGCAAUCCAGCCAUCCAGAGCAUCCAGACAUCUCGUGUGGACACGUGUGUGUGUGUGUGUCUCAUUUCAAUCAUCGUUCGUCGUUAUCUGUCUGCAGGCGCUGCGUGAGGCCUGGCCCCGUGUGAAGGACCUCUAUGAGGGACGGGUGAGCGUAGCGACCAGCCAACACCUGACCUGCACACCAACACACGUGACGUAGCAACAUCCAUCACGGUGCAAUCAGUGCAUUCAUGUGUGUGUGUGUGAAUGUCUGCAGGGCUGCACCGAGUCGUAUUUCUCGGACUUCGUUGACCCGGCCAAAGGCGGCGCUGAACGGGCAGUCGUUCCCUCUGAGGUGCGCACUUUCAUUCCCCUCCCCCACCCCCACCCUCCCCCGACCCUCUCCCUCUGUGUGUGCAGGGUCAGGGUCGUCCGCCGACGCGCCACCGCAACGCCAAUCGCAAGAAGAAGCGCUCCGACGACAGUGACGAAGACGAUGCCAGCAAUAAGGGAGAGGUACGAGCACACUGACACAGAGAGGGGGAGGGAGACACACACAUAUGUGUGGAUACGUCACGUCUUGUCUGGGCGUGCGCUGCAGGGUCUUCCGUCGCUGACGCUGCCGAUCCCGUCAGUGCACUACGGUGGAGAGGAGGGCGGGGCACACGUGGCGAAGCGGCUGCAGAAGAUGCAAGGAGUGGUACAUGCAUAACCAACCACCCCCUCUCCCCUCCACACAGCCGUCUGUGUGUCUGUCUGUGUCUGUCAGGCUGCGCAUCCGUAUGCUCAGUGGGGCAGCAUGGUGCAUCCGCCGUCGUCUGGUUCGUACGUCUUGUCUCCGGUGGCCCAGCAGAACGGCACGCCCACACCGCAGGGACACCCGUCACCAUCCACUUACCACCCGUUCGCCGCCAUGGUGAGUCGCCACGUGACGACAAGUGUUGUGUUAUGCAUGUGUGUGUGUGUGUGUGUGUGUUGCCUUGGUCAGCCGCCCCCUCUGCAGCACCAGGCGCUCAUGGCUCUGCUCACCGGCCACUCGCUCUCCGCCGACACCAGCAAAGGAGGUGGGUAUCCAUUCACCCUUACACGCCUGCCCUGCCUGAUGCACUCACCAUUGAUGGCGGUUCUGUGGCCCAUUCGUUUAUGCAGCCGCGGCUCUGCCCCCCAUCGACCCCGAUGCCCUGGCGCAGGCCUACCACAUGGUCCUCACUGGCACCACCCAGCAGCAGCAGCAGCAGCAGGCAGCUCCUGCGCCGGCGGCCGGGAGGAGCGGCGACGGACAGACACAGACACCGCAGGGGAAAGAUGAGACGUACGUGCGGAUGGACACACACGUGGAUGGAGGGGGACGCGGGCAUAUGCGCUUGUGUGUGUGUGGUGCUAUGUGUGUGUCAGGAUGGGCGGCGCGGCUGCGAGUAGUAGUGUGGUUGUGAAGCAGGAGCCCGUUGACGAUGAUGUAAGAGAGUCCCCCACUGGAGAAUCUUUCAUCUUUCCUUCACACACUUUCACAUGUAUGUGUCUGCAGGUGGCUGCCCCUGCUGCCACUGGUGCUGGUGCUGGUGGUGCCGCUGGGGGGGAGGGAGACAAGAAGGAGGAGGACAACAACGACGAGGACCAACAACCAAACAAGGACACACACAACAACACCUCCUCGCCCCAGCAAAAGCAGCGCAAGAUCCCCGCCGCCACCGCCGCCAACGACCAGCAGCAGGCACAGCAGGCAGAGCAGGCAGAGGACCACACCAACGAGGAGGAGCUUUCCGAGAGGGCCAAAAUGAUGAGAGGUACAGUACCACACACAGGCGCCAACCCACCCCCUCCCAAAGACCCACAUUUGCUGUGUACCAUGUGUGUGUGCAGGAGGACUGCGUGGCGGCGCACGUGGUGGUGGUGCUGGUGGUGGUGUUGGGGGCAGUGGGGCCGGGGCGUCGGGGGACGGAGGUGCGUGUGAACAGAUGGCCAACCGCCCACACACUUGUGUGUAUCCCUCUGUGUGUGUGUGUGUGGACAUGUAUGGUAGUGUCGUAUCCGGGGGAGGCGGCUGACUCAGGUGGGUGUUGGGUGUUGCACAUCCAUCCAUCCAUCCAUCCGUCCAUCGGUAUGUAUGUGUGUGUGUUCAGCGACUGCUCAUCUGAAGCAGCUGUUGCUUGCAUUCGGCACCCAGUUCCUGCGGUCGGGCGAGGACACUCGGGCGCCAUACACGCCGCCACACCUGCUCAAGAGUAGUGACGAUGAUUGGUCAGUCAGUGAGAAAGAGAGAGAGAGAGGAACAGGAGAAGUGCAUCAAGCUCUGUGUGCGUGUGUCCCACCCUACACACACAGGUUUGUGCAGUAUCUGAAGGAGCGCGGGAUUCCUCCUCAAUACGUUGCCAUGGUACACACACACACAUACACACACCUCCCACACACAAGCAGGCAGAACACACUAAUACUUACUUCCACGGUAUAUAUCUGUGUGUGUCUGGUGUGGCCCCACACAGCGUCCCCCGACGCCCAAGAAGCGGCCCGAGGCUCAGCAGCACAAGCAGGACAGCAGUGCUAAGGACAUACACAAGAAGCUCCUGAGGUGUGCACCAAACACACAACACACAAAUCGAUAUCGGCGCAUCCAUGUGUAAAGACGUCUGUGUGCGUGUUGCCUUAGGUUGCUGAUUGGCACGGCCAGCGAGGAGGACACCUACGAGAAGGUGCGUGUGUGUGUGUGUCUGUGCGCCAAUAUCCCUAUGUGUGUGUGUGCGCGUGUGUGUGCAGGGUUCGCUGGAGGACACGGUCAUGACGUCCAUCCAGGAGCUCAACGGCAAAGUCAAAAAGGUCCGUCCACAUCCUCUCUCUCUCCCUCCUCUCUAGACAUACAUAGUUCAUUGUGUCUGUAAAUGGUUGUGUCAAUGUAAUUAAUGUGUGCAGAGCACAGGCAAGAAGAAGAAGGCCACCAAGAAGGCCGCCGCUUCCACCACACAGCAGAGGUAAAUAGGGUACCCACAAAUAUUGUAUACACACCCACCCGCGACAAUGCCCACAUACACGUGUGAUGUGUGAUGUGUGUGUGUGCAGGCGUUCGUCCAAGACCAAGAAGGGCAAGAAGCCACACCGGCAGCAGCAGCAGCAGCAGCAGGUGCGGCAGAAGGACGAUGAGGAGAUGGAGGCUUACAUGGACGAGGGAGACGAGGUAUGCACCACCCCAGCCCCACACCGACCGAGACACACACAUUCUUGUACCUCCCUCCCCAUGCUAUGUCCUCACUCAUAGGUGGACCACGAGGUGGCCCAGCUGCUUCUCCAGAUGCGCAACAACAGUAAGUACCACACACUGCACACACUGACGCCCACCUGGAUGUGUGUGUGUGUGUGUGUGUCUGCAGGCAGUAGGGCCAACAGGCGAGGAGGCAGCAAGGACGCAGUCGAGGUGGGCGGUGAGCACGACACACACACAUCCAUCCAUCCAUCCAUGAACGGAGACAUCAUGCGUGCGUGUGUGUGUGUGUGUGUGUGUGUGAAGGUUGAGGGGCCCGAGGAGGUGGGGAGUCAGCAGAAUAAGGAGACGGUGCUGGUGGAGGACGACAGGCACCACGACGAAUGACUCACUUCUCAAGUCACCGAUUGGUUGACAGACAGAUCCUCACGCGCACACACCACACCACCACAUCACAUCACAUCACAUUGCACACACACACACGGGGAGGGGAAGGCAGACACAAACAGGUCCUCUCCACACCACACCACACACACGCGUACCCUCACACGUAAGCUCAGCUCGUUUAUUGCAUGCCACCCAUCCACCCAGUGACCGAUGUGAUGGAUGGAUGGAUUGACCGAUUCAUGUCUCCCUUCAUGCCUUACUGGCGGAGCGGGGAUCGCAUCGUAUCGGAUGUGUGUGAGUGUGAGUGUGUGUGUCUGUCUGUGUGUAUUGUAUGUACGUAUGAGUACCAUUAAUGAACAUCUCACCAUCCAUCGAUCGCUGGGCCGGCUGGAUCGCUCGCUGGCUGGCGUGCGCUGCGCACCUGUGCAU